GAAAAAACAAAUCUUUGGUUGGUAAAAAGCAUCAAUGAAAAAAUAAUAAGAAUAAAAGACAAGGGUCCAGGUUCGAAACCGGAAUGAUGCAUCAAAGUGAAAUAAGAGAAACUUAAAUAAAAUACCUGAAAAGAGUGAAGGUGAAUGGCCACCGGCCUGUCAUCUACAUUUCCGCCUAAUAAAAAGAAUCAUAGAAGAAACACAGGUGACAUGCGCACGCUUCUCUCUCUCUCUCUUUGAGGUUCGGAGUUUAGAGUCAGAGGUGGGAGAAGGAAGUAGUCAGUGAGUGAGUGAGUGAGUGAGUGAGUGAAUUUAGUAAUGGCGGAGCCAAUAAUGGUACCCAGCCUUCCGGGGAAUCCAAACCCUAAUUACCAGGGCCUACCAACUGCAAGUGUUGAUCUUCCUCCUCCUCCUCCGCCUCCACCAGCCACAGGAGGUUCGUGGAGCCCCAUCAUAUUCAGCUUCCCGAAAAGGCCUUCGAUUCGACUCACUUCCGAGUUCGACAGCGACUCGUCCGUUUUCUUCCAUAAGGUCUCGUGCAAGCUGUUUGACAGCCUGGCCAAACUGAAGCUCUCCUUCCACAACAACCACAAGGGCGAGCUCUCUCCGCCCCACUUGGCACUUGUCUCCAAGCACCUCUCCAUUAACUACGACUUUGAAGAUCAAUCUACCCUCCUCAGCGGCUCCGUCGAUGUUGGUCCUCGAUUGCAACUCCGUGCUACCCAUGAUCUCAAGGCACAACAAGGAGAGGCAUCUGUGGUUGCGAAGGUCGCUGAACCUGGCUAUGCAUUUGAACUCUCUUCUCAUGUACCUUCUGUUGGUUUCCCAAAAGCUACCCUUAAAUUCCCCCUUGGCGAAGUUUCUUUGGAGGAAAAAGAAGAAGAGGAGACGAAGAGAAUGUUGUCGAUCAAUGGCAUUGUGAAGGGCCAAAUUUUGAAUGGGUCGUGCACUGCUCAUUAUGCGGAUGAGGAUUUGAAGUUGAGGUACUCAUACAAGGAUGAGGAGAUGUCUUUUAUCCCGACCUUUUCUCUGCCUUCGAAUGCAUUGUCAUUUGCUUUUAAGCGUCGGUUUGGUCCUUCAGACAAGUUGAGCUACUGGUACAAUUUUGAUUCCGACUACUGGAGUGCAGUAUACAAGCACACAUAUGGCAAGGACUUGAAACUUAAAGCUGGUUAUGAUUCAGAGGUGCGCCUUGGCUGGGCAUCUCUUUGGGUUGGAGAUGAAGGUGGCAAAGCAAGGACAGCCCCAAUGAAGAUGAAGGUUCAAUUCAUGCUCCAAGUGCCACAAGAUGACAUUCGAUCAUCAACUUUGAUGUUCCGGGUUAAAAAGAGAUGGGACAUAUAGUCUCUGGUUGGUUGUGGGAUCAUGGGAUCAUGCUAUCCUUUUAUACACUUUCAACUCGGGUUCUAAUGCUUAUUGCUGUAUAAUGGCAUCAAUUGUUUUGUAUUUGACCAGUUGAAAAAAUACUUUGAUAUUUAGCAGGUGACAAGCAAGCAGUCCAAACGGAAACCUAUUAAACCACA